CAUAUUAGGUUCCCAAGUCCUAAGAAGCAGAAUUAGCCUGGAAUCUUGUGCACUUGUUUCCUUCAAUCCCAGGAAGGAGGUGAUAGCAUGAAGGCAAAACAAGGGGGGACACAACCAGACCUGUAAAGGGAUUGAAAUUUAAAAAACGGAGGAUAAAUUGGGUAAAAGGGAGAUAGGGAAGAUGAACAUGCAUAUGCUUGUUGUUUGAUGCGGCUUCGCUGAAGGCAUGUGGCUGCCUGCACUGAGCAUUUCCCUCCACGUUCUCCAGCUGACUGGUGGAAGAUCUGCAUUCAUGUGGCUGAGCGCUACAUGAUUUAUCUCCCCAAAAUAACGUGAGAAAUCUUCCUUCGCUCCACUCGACGCAGACGUAUCUAUACAACUAUAAGCUGGCUGAUGCACUGACCUCGGGCUUUUGGUGAACGGAUCUAAAUCAGUUUGAACAACGUUAAGGACUGAGACAGCCAAUGUGGGGCUCAGGAAGUGUAAACCGACCGGCGCCGGUCCCUGCCUUCCUCAGGAAUCCAUCUGUCCUCCCACCCCCACUGGACAUGAAACCCUUUCUCCAGUUUCCCCUGGAGUCUCCUCACCCGGCCAGCAUCGGCCUCUUCCACAACUUUAAUGCAAUGGACCCUGUCCAGAAGGCCGUGAUGACCCACACCUUCGGACCACCUAUUGUGAAGACAAAGAGGCCAAUUAUCUCCUGCAACGUUUGUCAAAUACGCUUCAAUUCAGAGAGUCAAGCAGAGGCCCAUUAUAAAGGGAAUCGCCAUGCUCGAAGGGUGAAGGGCAUCGAGACAUCUAAGACAUCACGUGUACAAGACGGAGAUAAACAGCAGCCUCUGCCUCCAACCUCACCCCUCCCACCAGGCAUCCCACCAUCCAGCCUGAUGCCUGAUUCUAACCCCAACAAACAGGAUGAUCCUCAGUCUUGUCCCAGCCUGAAGGAGUCUCCCUUAAACCCCAACGACCUCCCAUCAACUCCAAUCAACUCAGCAGAUGUAGAGUCAUCUGUCGGCACACCUUUUACAUCCUCUCCCUCCUCUUCAGCAGCCCUCAGUAGCUCUUCGGGAGACCCAGCAGCAGCUGCUCUACCUGACACCCCCUCCCCUGCACCGAGCCAAUCUUCAGGAGAGUCAGAGGAGGAGAAAGCCAAGAAGCUUCUCUACUGCUCUCUCUGCAAAGUAGCAGUUAAUUCCCUCUCACAGCUGGAGGCACAUAACAAAGGAACCAAACAUAGAACAAUCCUGGAAGCUCGAAGUGGACUGGGACCCAUUAAAGCGUAUCCACGUUUGGGUCCUAAACCCAGCCCUGAGCAGGGAGGCGAGCUCUCCUCUGAUCCAAACACUCAGGAACGCACCUUCCACUGUGAGAUAUGCAAUGUCAGAGUCAACUCUGAGCUGCAGCUUAAACAGCAUAUAUCGAGCAGAAGGCAUCGAGAUGGGGUUGCAGGUAAACCUAAUCCUCUUCUCAGUCGGCACAAGAAGCGCACAGACUUUAUGGAACUUCCAAAAUCCCUAGGACCUGGGCUUUUACCAAAUCCUUUGGCUGUCGCAGCAGCGAUGGCAGCAGCAGCUUCAUCCAAUCAGCUGGCCCUGCGCCCUCCUGGACUGACCUCCCAUCCUCAUACACACCUGCUACAGGGAACACCACUCAGCUUGCUGAGGCCUGCCCCUGGUCCCAUCCGCACCACACAUGGGCCCAUACUCUUCACUCCUUACUAACAGUAAGGGGAAUAAACCUGAAUCAGGAAGAAGCACACUGUGAACUGGAGGCAACCAUGUGCCAUUGAUAGCCAAACUGGCUGGUCUGGCUGUACAUUUUAUUUUUAUUUAUAUGAAAUAUAAAUAUUUCUCCUCAUUGUGUUUAGAUGUUUCUAUCCUCUCUGGUUUCCCUUCAUUACUUGGGUACCAGAUGGUGAUCCAAAUCCACGAGUCGACAAUUUAAAGAGGACUUCUUCAAGUAUUUAAAGUCUGCAUUUAAAUGUCAACAGUAGCUAUACAGUGCCUUCAAAAUGUAUUUAUUCUCCUUGAAUGGUUUUUUAUUUACUUUUUUUGUGGGAUUUUAAUUUAUUGAUUCAACUCAAAGUCCACAAAAUACAGACCCAAAAAUAAAAAAUCUGAGAAAGCAGUGUUUUCUUUUGUGUUCAGACCCUCUAAGUAUGAUUUUCUGGAGUCGUGUUUGCUGCAUUUAAAGCUGCAAACUACAGGUCUUCAUAAAUCUUCUAAAUAUUAUUACAAUUACUAUUGCUCUUGCAAAGAAAGCCCAAAUCUGGGUCAGUUGCAUGGCUGGUGUCUGUGAACAGCAGUUAACAAGUCUUAACAUAUAUUUUCAAUCAGAUGUAGUUUUAACUUCCAUCACCACAGGCACUCAUUCUCCUGGAAAAUGAACCUCCAUUCCAGUUUCCAGUUUUUGCAGCCUCCAAUAUCUAAUAUUUUUUUUCCUCCAAGGAUUGCCCUGCAUUUAGCAAUAUUGAACAGAUUUUCUAUUAUGUCUUAAGAAAUAGUACCUUCUGUGGAUUGCUAAGAGAGACCCUUACCCUGUGAGCUGGAAACCCAUUCCUCUGACCCCAUUCUGUCCCCUUAUACGGCCUACCACUUUCUGGCUGUGUUGCUGUCAUUCUCAAACACAUAUAUUUUCUUAUCAUUCAGUUGACUGUGGGACAUUUAGAAGAGGAAAUUUCAUGGCUGGAUUUGUUGCAAAGGUGGCAUUCUGUCACAGUUCCAAGCUGGUUUACAAUUAGCUCCUGAGAUCAAACCAUUCUUUCACCGAUGUUUGUAACAACAGUCUGCAUGCCUAGGUGAUUGAUUUUAUACACCUUUGGCCAUGGAAUUAUUGGGAUAACUGGUUCCAGUAAUUUCAAUGGGUGAGCAAAUACUUUUGGCUUUAUAGUGUAUGUUCCGAUGAAAGAAUAAUUCCUUCAAAGCUGCUACGAAGUUACCAUUAGCUUCUUCUUUCAAUCUCUGAUUAAUGAUCUCUUUGUCCAUCCUUUCAGUUUGAGUGAGGGGCAUUUCUUGGUAGGUUUUCAGCUUUACCACAAUGAACAGUGUUCUGUGAGAUGGCACACUUAAAUUUACACCAAGACUUUCUCUCCGGUCUCUGUACUGGGUAUCCAAAAUUAAAAUGUAACGCUAAGAAAGUUAGGGAAACAGAAUAUUUCAGGGGAAAUACAUUGAACACCACACGGGAGCCUACCUUGUAUCUCCAAACCCAGAUUUAAAGUUCAUUGAAGCAGUGUGAAAAACACUAAACAACUCACAUGGUAAGUUGACUUCCUUAGCAACCCACAGAAGGCAAUGUCAAAAACGAACCUGUGAGGUAAUCCUUCUGCAAAAACCUAAACCUUCAGUUUCAAUUAGAUUUAUGGGAGAAGUAACCACAUUGUGUUGAUGUAUUGUGACCAAUUUGUUUAAGUGACACAAUACUUUUAACUUUUUUUUUAAAGCAAAGUCAUCAUAUAUACCCAAAAAGCUAAAUAAAAUCCAACUAAAUUUGAUCAGUGAGUCGUCAUGGUGCCACUUUUUAGCUCAUGUUCCCAAUAAUUAAUGCUGUUAAGGUAGUUGGUUGUACUCUUUGGGGGUGGAGGGGAAAACAGGUCUGAAUACAAAUUCACCAAUCUUUUUCAGAAUGUAGAACAUCUUUUCCUCCUACUUGAGGUGCUUUUAGCAAUAAAUCUUAAGGACAAAAAAUCUUAAGGACCUUAAGGAACUAAAAACAAGCUCAAGGGGUAUAAAUAUAUUGGGGAAGGCACUGUUAGCAUCCAAUGUGGCAGAAUCAAAACCCUACCUCUUUUUUUAUGUUCAUCCCUCUUCAUUACAAAUUUUCAGCAAUUAUGAGUUACACAGAAUUAGAUGUAUAAGCUACAACAAAAAUGCAGCUCUAACUUAAAGAAACUGCUUCAACUGAUUGAAGGGAUUGAAUUAAAGUUAUGCAGGUUUAUUCCUUUAAUUUAAUAGAUUGAGUUGAGUGAAGUCAAUUCAAUUUCUUGUUGCAACUGAAGAAAAUCAUUUAUGUUAGCACUGCAUUCUCUUUUUAGUGUAGUAGAUGCAUCUGAAAUUUGCUAGACUCAUAACAUAGCUGUCAGGGUAGAUUGCACCAAUGUAGUUCUGCUCUUGUGGCUCACACAAUUUGCAGAUGAUUCUAUGUUGUUGCAACUUGGUUACUUUUUAACAGUUGACUUAUAUUUGCCUCAAUGGGACACAAAAAAGAACUAAAGAGGCAACGGAGGGGAAUAUAGGAAAUUACAUUUUUGUCUUAAGAUAGAAGUGAUAUACACAGGAAUUUCUAAAGAAGAAAUUUGCACUUUGCAGAUAUCAGUAUUUGUUUUUGUGUUCUGUAUACAAUGCAGUUAGACUGGUUCAGAAAUACGUGUACUGCAGUUUGUUUUUUUUACUGAGUGAAGAUAUUGAACCAACACUGAACUCUUAAUGAAUCCCAGACAAUUGUGGACUCUCCUCAAACAGCUAUUGUGACAGAAAUUUUCCAGAGCACACAUAAGUAAACACUUUUGUUGAAAGGUCUGCAUGUGAUCAUCUUCAUUUUCUCAACUGUAACGCACAGCUAGAAGCUUUCAGUGUCCUUCUUGGAGUAACUUUCACACUGUGAGCAAACCAGGUCUGCUACUCAUUUAUGACUUCUGUCCAGGUCCUUCUAAUGUUGGGACACAAAAAAAGGACCAUCUUUGCCAGAUACAGCACUGGAAGAAAGGAAACAGUAGGAGAAAAGACACCAGCAAAGGACAUUUACAGGACCACUUACACUGAUAAGUAGAUGUAUGCAAAGACUAACAACUACAGAAACCAAAAACGUCACAUCUUUGGGUCGUUUUGGACUUAACAGUAUAUUUGUCUGGUCUGCCUUGUGUUCUCUGUUCUCCCAAGGUAACUAUCAAAAGCUCUUAAUAAGGAAUUGUGGAUAUUGUUAGAAGAAAAUUUUAGGAAAUGGAAAAUGUAGCAAUACAAUAAGCACUACUGUUACUUUCUUCUUGUAAACUGCAAUAAAAAAAAACAUGUAAACAAAUGUAAUAAAUGUCCCUUAGGAGAAGUUUAUUGAAACGUUAUUGUAAAUGUAGAUUAUUUAAAAAAGAAAUGACAAACUUCUUGUUGGGGUUGCCCACUUGUUCAAUUUAAACUAGGAAAUCAAUAAAACUGAGUUUUUGGUUGAAA